UUUCUACAACUCUUAAAAACUCUUGAUGUCGACUAAUUCAUGACUUGAUUAGAUAUGCUGCCCGAUCUUGGACUUAGUAUUUGCAUGAUAAUGCAGGGGUUGACAUGCAGAAGUCAAAGGAGCUGUUGCAGGAAAUAGUUAUUGCAGCUGGUGCAGGAGGGACCAGGAGAUCUCCAUCUUCUAAAGAAGCUCAGGUUGCGAAACAAAAAGCUAAAUCUAUUCAUCCUCCUAUUGAAUUUCACUGGCACUUACCUCCUCCAAAGGAGAAGAAAAGGUCCUUCGGAUCGAAAGACAGCUUCAAGGCGAUAUUGACAAAUCCUUUGGACUCUUUUAGACUAAAAAAGAGCCAAUCAAUGAAAACAAUCCUUGAAGGAGUUCGUAAUCCUAAAGACGAGCAAAUUGUGGAUUCAUUCCGUGAACUGCUUUCUCUUGAGGGUCAUGCAACAGGAAAGCAUUAUGAUUACCACACCCUGUUAAGGUUUCUUAGAACGAGGGAUUUUAAUCAGAACAGAGCAAAAGUAAUGUUUUUGAAUUACCUUAAAUGGAGAGAGGAGUUUGGUGUUGAUGCAAUUGCCAAGGAAUUUAAGUUUGAGGAGUAUAGAGAAGUUAAAGAAUGUUACCCUCAUGGAUUUCAUGGAGUAGAUAAAUAUGGCAGACCAGUUUACAUUGAAAGGCUUGGGAUGGUGGAUAUCGAUAUGCUCCUCCAGAAAACUACCAUUGAGAGAUAUGUGAAGUAUCAUGUUUCCGAACAAGAAAAAACUUUGCAUUGGAGGUUCCCUGCAUGCUCACUUGCUGCAAAGAAGCAUAUAGCGUCCACCACUAGUAUCCUGGAUGUGAAGAAUGUGGGAACUUCAAACUUCUCAAAGCCUGCAAGAUACCUUUUCCUGGAAAUUCAAAAGAUUGACAGCAACUAUUAUCCUGAGACGCUGAAUCGGCUGUAUAUUGUCAACGCUGGAUCAGGGUUCAAGGUCCUUUGGACUGCUAUAAAGGCUUUUCUUGAACCCAGAACUUUGGCAAAGAUCAAAGUGCUGGGAAGUAACUACCUAAGCAGUCUACUAGAAGUUAUAGAUCCAAGUAACCUUCCUACUUUCUUGGGUGGUAGCUGUACAUGUUAUGAUUCUGGAGGCUGCCUGUUCAGUGAUAAAGGACCCUGGAAUGAUCCAGAAAUUACUCAAAUGUUACACACAAUGAUUGCUACAGGAGAAGAGUGUGAGUGUGAGUGUGAGGAUGGAGGAAUGAGAGACCAUGAAGCAGAAGAUGCCUAUGGUGGUGAUACUGAUAAUUUGCAAGUAAAAGAUGUGUAUGACGUUACCCCAGCAACAGAUGAAACCUCUGGGGAACUUGCUGAAACAAAAGGUCCUGAUAGACCCUCAUUGCAGAAAAUCCGAGCUUUUGAAGAUCUGCUUACGGAAGUGAAAAUAAAAAUCGGGACACUGGAAGCUGCACUUGAGGAUACCAAGUUGGUGCUACAAGGGCUUUCACAACAUCUGGAAGAGCUGAAAAGAUGAACCAACUGUAAUUACUACUAAUAAACAGCUGAUGCUUUUCACUUCACCAACUGUUUUCCUGUGAAGUUAAUUUCGGUUCUUGUAGCUUUCUGUCUCAAACAAGAUUUGUAAAUCGUUAAAAGCCAGCAAAGAAAACAGAACGAGUGCUUCAUCAAGUCGGCACAAUUCAUCUACACUAGCUGUAGGCAAGAUUUUGCAAGUACACUUCGAACAAAUCUUCCUCAUGUUCGACAUUCCAAAUAAAAGUUGUGCAACAUGAAUUUGCGAGAUUGUGAGGAAUAUUAAUGUUACAAAAUGUGCACUUAAACAAAGUUUGCAACAUGUUAAGUUUACACAUAGGCUAUAUAGUUUGAGCCAAAAAAAAAAAAAAAAA